CCUUAAGCAAGUAAACAAUACAUAGAGAAUUAAACAACUAAACUAGGCAACAAAUACGGCAAAACUCGAAGUCUAACAUUUAAUUGAUUUAUUAAUUUUAACAUAGAGAGUUGGAGUCUUGCUGCUCAACCAUGUACUGUCUUGGCCAGUUGCUUAUUUGCUUGCUUGGAAUUUAGUGCCUCAACUCCAAGACUAUUUUUGCAUCACAGGAGAAGGUUCUUGAGUUAUAGGGGGCAAUCCAUUUUUCUUAUUGUAGGCUUACUAGAUCCGCCCCUGAUUGUGGUACAGAGGGAAUAUAUAUAUAUAUGUCCAACUGUUUUUUUUUGUUUGAUUACACUUUUAGACCAAUUUUCUUAGUGUUGUUGGUAAACAAGUUUACCUCAAGUACGUAUUAUAAGUAAUUUGAGUAUUAAUUUGACUAUUAUGAAGAGAGAGCUUUCUUUAUCAAAUCAAAACUCGAAAAGGGAGUUUAUUUUUGGAUGAAGAGAAAAAUGAAUUUAGUCAUCAAUGUUAUUGAACAAAGGUUGUCGACUCCCUAGGUAUUAGGGUUCGGGUGCUGCCGCCGCGAGCGUCGGUGGUAUUCCGAUUAUAAUUCUGAGAUUCUUCUCGGUUUGGUGUGCGGCUAUUCGGCUUCGGCAUGGAGGAUAGUUUUUCUGUUUCUCUGUUUCUCGUUUUGCUUUCUGUUUUCGUUGCCAGGCUUUGCAGGAAUUCGAAGGCUUGGACUUUCAGCCUUGGUUUGGUUCAUGCUCUUCUGUGUUGCACGAAGGGUACUAGAAGAGGUUGAAUGGAGGUUAUCACAGGAAAGGCUAAGGACAUGGCACUAGAAGAUAGGGAGGAAGAGAUCGUUUUUGACAAAGAUGCGGGAUCGGAAAAAUUCAGGACCAUUAGCGGUAAUCACCUACGGGCGAAAGAAGACGAAGGGAUGUUAUUGCGUCCCCUCUCCUGGACUGCCGUCAGGGAGGAAUUAUAAGGAAGGAUGCUGGAUCUUGCUCGUGGUGAUCAAGUUCAGGCAUAAAUUACACGCUUUUACUUAUUUUAUUUGGUUGUUGUUUACCAAGAACAUGGCUGUUUCCUUUUCUGUUGUUUUUUGCUUUCGAACUCUUACAUUAGGUGGGGAUGAUGAGGAUUCUGUUUUGGCCAUGAUAGGCUCAUGUAGGCCCGUUAUAGGAUCAGCGAAUCAUAUUGCUCUGUCUAGGGUGAUUGGUUCUCCGGCUGGUUCGAGGGUUGAUGGUUGGGAGUGGUUUCUUUUUCUCUGUUAUUCCUUGUUGAAUGUUCUGUUAUCAAUAUAAGCCGCCCUUUUCCAAAAAAAAGUCAUCAAUGUUAUUGAGCUAUGAGGACUAUAAAUGGAAGUUAAAGUUGGAAUGUC